CGUCGCGCGCUUCACGUAGUUCUAUUUGUCACUAGUUUAGUUUUUUCCUCUUUAAAACUCGGUCGAAAUGGCGGGUAUAGUGGCUAGAUUAACAGUUAAAAAUGGCACAAUAAUCGCACAGAGGUCGAGUGUGGUCGUCGGUGUCGGUCGAUCGGCCAGAUUUUCCAGCAGUACGUCACAGAUGGGCGGAAUUCCGGGACACAAAACUCGACGAUUGCUGACUUUUGUGGGCGGUAGUGCUGUUUCUAUGGCCGCCCUGGCGGCUUUCAUUAAACUACGGUCCGCGGAAAACCCUGUGAAUGCAGUUAGCCUAAAAAGGCGCAUGCGCGACGAUAGCGAGCUGGAGAACGUGAAACUGACGGCCCGCGAGCGCCGCUUCAUCAAGUUUGCAUCCGUGGAGUACGAUGACCAGCUCUACAUGACACCGCAGGACUUCCUAGACUCCGUUGUGGAGCAGGAACCCAGACCUCGCUUGAAACGACGCCAGUUGUCCAGCGAUGAGGUGGAUAAAUACAAGGAGAACACGCCUGCUUUGAAGAAGGGUUCCACUCGUCUGUUUCGCAACCUAAGGGACAAGGGCAUUGUCUCCUACACGGAAUAUUUGUUUUUGCUCUCCAUUCUAACAAAGCCCAAAUCUGGAUUCCGCAUUGCCUUCAACAUGUUCGACACGGAUGGAAAUCAGCGCGUUGACAAGGACGAGUUUCUAGUGAUAAUUUCCAUUUUGGCCGGCGCUUUAAAAGACACUCAAAAUGUCGAUCCACAAACCAAGCGAAUUCUCUCGCGUUUAGUGUCCUACGAUGAGCAAAGCGAAAUGACGAAACCCAUGGCAGUGCCUCAGGCGAAGAGGGGUCUAAUGGAGCGCAUUUUCAGUGGCGCUUGGAAGGAGAAGCACGGCGAGCAAGAGCCGGAAGAGGAGCUCGCAACGCCCACUCCCCUCGAGCAGAACUAUGUGAACGAUGGCGAGGGUCUGCAGCGACGCCACAUGGUGCCCACCACCCUGCAGCUGCACUUUUUCGGCAAGCGGGGCACUGGGGUGAUCAACUACGAUAACUUCUACCGCUUCAUGGACAACCUGCAGACGGAGGUGCUCGAGCUGGAGUUCCACGAGUUCUCCAAGGGCAACAGCGUCAUCAGCGAGCUGGACUUUGCCAAAAUCCUGCUGCGGUACACGUACUUGGCCACCGACGAGUAUGAUGUCUUCCUGGAGCGCCUGCUCGAGCGGGUCAAGGAUGAGAAGGGCAUAUCCUUUCACGAUUUCCGCGACUUUUGUCACUUCCUCAACAAUCUGGAUGACUUCACGAUCGCCAUGCGCAUGUAUACGCUGGCGGAUAGGGCCAUUUCAAAGGAUGAAUUCUCACGCGCUGUGAAGAUCUGCACCGGCUAUAAGCUCAGUCCCCACUUGAUCGAUACCGUGUUCGCCAUCUUCGACGCGGAUGGCGAUGGCCUGCUGUCCUACAAGGAGUUCAUUGCCAUCAUGAAGGAUCGCCUGCAUCGCGGCUUCAAACAAGAUGUCGUAGACCCCGGUGAGCGUCUAAUGGUUGCCAUUGAGGUAGUCCAACCGAAUGGAGAAGAGGUCAGUGGUCGAAGGAACCCACAAAGUCUUUGCUUUCUUGCUGCUUAUCAUCACUUUUGUGCCUCCCCUCCUCUUUCAUUUUCACAAUGAUCUCCAAAAUCCUGACCACUACUAAUCCCAAACGUAUUGCCUUACAGUCCGUGGCCAAGUCGGAGGGCUGGGAUGCUUUCAAGUACUGUGUGCGCAACGAGAUGAAAACAAUGAUGAAGUCGGCCAACUAAUUUGGACAAUGAAACGAACGUGCACAAACAACGAAGGGAAAUAAAGGAAGUGAAGCCAAAGUGAAACAAAGUUCUAGUUACAAAGUUUUCUUAUAAAGAACCAAAAUCUCGUGUAUAGCUAUAGCCUUUAUAUUUGUUAUUUAUGAAUUUGUUAUUGAACUAAGCACUCAUCUCUUGUAGCCAAAAUAUUGAGAACAUUUUUAAAAUCGGCUCUUGAAUGCCAUUGUUUUUAUAAAUGUGUAGUGCAAAUAAAAUUUUUUUGUAAAAUUUGCUUUAAA